AUGUUCCUUGCUACCGCUUCAUUUUCCCUCCUGAUGGCUUCACAGGCCUUGGCAACAACCGUCACCUCUCAAUCACACGACAUAGCACCCCUCAUCACCCCAGAAGUCACAGCGAAAGUUUCCCCCGACUCCUACAUCAUCGUUUUCAAGGAUGGCUUCAAAUCCACCAACUUUCCUUCAAAGAGCAAGCAAGCAGACCCAAUCCAACAAUCUCACGACAACAAUAAAGCUGCUCUUUGGGACGAGAUCACUGAGGGCAUCAAACACUUCAUUGACCUAGGCUCCUUCCAAGCGGUUGCCGGCAGAUUCUCUGGUAAGGCUCUAGCCGAGAUCCGCCAACACCCUGCAGUCGCCUUUGUCGAACACGACACAGUUGGGCAGCGACUCAGCAGCUCUUCUUCUUCACCCUCCGAGACGCGAGAGUAUCACUCUUGGAGUCUUGCUCCUACGAGCACUACUUCCUCCGCCGCCAUUUCUAUCGCUGCUGCUGCCCAAAAUACAGUGCUAGACACAAGAUCUGCUCGAAUCUACCUGUAUGCCGCUCAGGAACACGGCGAGAACAUUAAUAUCUCUGCCGCUGAUGCCGACAUGAUGUUUAGUCCUCAAGAUCUCCAGGCCGCCGACGAUGCCACUAGCACGCCUGAGCUGAGCACAACAAGCACCGACGAGAAAGACAUUACUGUCAUCACUGUCACUACAACACAGGCCGCAUCUAGCAAGAUGGCUUUCAAGCUGGCCGAGGAGACACAGCCGGUGAUCGUCUCCACCCUCCGCUCUAAUGGCAACAGCACAGCCUCAGACUUUAUUGCCGUGGUCGACUACAUCGUCCGGAAUCAGCUCAGGAGGACGAACGGUGGUGGUGCAGAUGAGAAGAAGGUUAGCCAUGACGGGUGUGUUCUGAGCGUCCCCUUUGCAUUCACCAACUCUCGGUCAAUGGUUCUCGCUGUCACCAAGGCGUUCGAGUCUGGACUCCAUCUUGCUCUUGGAAAUGGCGUAACGGUCUCAAACACUAUUGUAGAAAAGCUUUAA